UGGGCGUGAGGAACAUCGACUCCGAGGAGGUGGGAAAGAUCGCCUCCAACAGUGCCACAGCGUUCCGGGUGGGGAAUGUGCAGGAGCUGUCGGAACUGAGCGAGCAAGUUUUGGAAACUUUGCAUGAUGCAAUGCACGAAACCUUAUGUCCUGGUGUGACGGAUGUUUCCAAAGCCUGUAAUCUGGAUGUGAUUCUGGGGUUUGACGGUUCGAGAGAUCAGAAUGUAUUUGUGGCCCAGAAGGGCCUCGAGUCCAAGGUGGACGCCGUCUUGAACAGAAUCAGCCAGAUGCAGAGAAUCAGCUGCAGUGGCAGCCAGAUGCCCACUGUGCGGGUGUCGGUGGUGGCCAACACGCCCUCAGGGCCUGUGGAGGCCUUUGAAUUUGCCGAAUACCAGCCAGAGAUGUUCGAGAAGUUCCAGAACAUGCGCAGCCAGCACCCCUACAUCCUCACGGCCGACACGCUGAAGGCCUAUCAGAACAAGUUCAGACAGUC